GCCGAAGAUGUUGGCUCGGUCAUGUGAUCAGCUGUGUCCAAUCACAGCUGAUCACAUGUAAACAGGGAAAUGCCGGUUAUCGGCAUUUCUCUCCUCUCGAGCUGUCAGUGGGAACAUGUGCACUGAUCAUCAGGGCACUGAUGAUCAGUGUGCCCUGAUGAUCAGUGUAGCCCCAGCAGUGCCACCUGUCAGUGUCCAUCAGUGCCUUAUGUCAGUGCCCAUCACUGCCUUGUGCCAGUGCCCAUCAGUGCAACAUAUCAGUGCCUACCAGUGCACACAAAUGCCACAUAUCAGUGCCCAUAUAAGCUGCCUUUCAGUGUCACCCAGCAAU